AUGGACAAAAUGAUUCGACGACCUAGCAGGCUCGGCCGCUCAAGGCUCCCGGGCUUCAAACCUCGAUUCUUAUUAUUUGCUGCCGCCAUGGCCUUUACGACGUGUUUCUUCUUCUUCACCCGCUCAGCAGAUUUGCGCAUCGUUCCUUACGUCCACGACAACGGAAAGUCAUACGGCUUAAACCUGUUUGGGAGCUCGGAAAAGCCCUUGAUGGACCCAACAGAUAAAAACAACGGAGGUGCCAUUCCUUACUGGGAGCUCAGUGCCAGCGACAUCAAACACUGGAGCGAUCCUGACGACCGCGAAGACCCAAACGAAGUCCAGCCGGGGACGGAGCAAGACGGCACUCAACGCGGCGCAGACGAAACGAGCAAGUUACAGGACGAGAAAGACAAGCGCAAGCUCUGGCGAUAUCUUUACAGGGCGACAGCCAACCUGAAAACCUCUAACCAGAUCUACGGCAAGACUUUGGCUACACUCAGCAAUAAAGAUAACCGAACCGAUGAGCAUGCCAAGAAGCUCGUUAGUAAGCCUGACACCAGCAUUAAAGUCAGCUAUAGCAUGGACGAACCUGUCUAUUUCGAUCCUUACCCAAGCUACAACAGCAAAGAAUGGCAGGCCGACGGGUACGCACCCCACGUUGCGUGCAAAGGCGCAAAUGGAAGAGAGAUUGAGGACCUGAAGGUAUUCAAAGGCCGCCCAGAAGACUUUCCCACGCACCUCAUGGGAAGCUACAAAGCACUCAACCUCGAUCCCAACAUUUGCUGGGAACGCGAGACUCGACUCGGGCCCUAUGGACUACAUGAACAGACGAAGCAAGUUGGUGGCCGUUUACAAGCCCUUCACUGGGAUAACGUCGACUGGGGCAAACUGCAGCGUGUCUUCUACCCCGAGACGCAACGCUUCAUUCCCGCUCCGUCAGCUUCUGAACAAACGCAAAUCUCCAUCAAUGGUAACGGCAAAUCACACGACCACAGCGUUAAAGUCCGUGACUCUCAGUCGGAGGAGGUAGCGUCAUCUGAGGCGGCGGCAGCCGACAUCACGCCACAGUACAAGACAGAGAAUCGCACUGCCCUUUUGUUGCGCUCUUACACGGGAAAAGGGUACACCGAAAACGACAAACAAACCAUUCGCUCUCUUAUUUCUGAACUUGCUUUAAAAUCUGGCGGCGAAUACGAAGUAUUUCUACUUGUUCAUGUCAAGGAUGGCUCCAAGGAUAUUUUCAAGAACCAACAAGACUAUUUGCAAGUUUUGUUCGAGCAUGUCCCUGUCGAAUUUCACGGGAUUACUGUCCUCUGGAAUGAUCAAUCCGUCAAAGAGAUUUACACCGAGAUGAAGGAUGACAAUGCACGAGACGUCCACCACGCGCAAUGGCUAUCGGUUCAAAAGUUUAGCUACGACCACCCGGAAUUUGAGUACAUUUGGAAUUGGGAGAUGGACUUUCGCUACACUGGCCACCACUAUGAUUUGCUCGACAACAUCCAUAAAUUUUCGCAAAAGCAGCCCCGAAAGGGCCUCUGGGAGAGAAACGAGCGUUGGUACGUUCCUGGAUAUCACGGUGACUACGACACGACUUUCCGAGAGUCAAUCGAACAGCAAUAUGGUGACAAUAUCGUGUGGGGUCCCCCAGACCUGCCGUUUAUCAAGCCCCAAGGACCAAAGCCACCGAGGGCCUCGUCCGAGGAUAACUACGAAUGGGGUGUUGGAGAAGACGCAGACGUGAUUACCGUCGGACCCAUGUUCAACCCCGUCCACAGCCUCUGGAUCAUGGCGGACCACAUCUGGGGCUACAGUGAUGAGAACCACAGAAGGGAGGACAUUCCCAGACGAACUACCAUUGUCACGCACUCCCGCAUCUCAAAACGGUUGCUCAGCCUGAUGCAUACCGAGAACAUGCGAGGCAACCACGUCGCCUCCGAGAUGACGCCGCAAACGAUCGCGCUGCAUCACGGACUCAAGGCCGUAUUUGCCCCCCAACCAGUCUUUAUGGACCGCGACUGGACCGGCUCCUUCGUCAACAAGUGGUUUAAUGCUGGGCCGGGCGGUGUUUCUGGCAGCUAUGGCAGCGCCAUGGGUUGGGGCCGCGAGCGUCGCUACCAGGGCACUACCUGGUACUAUCGUGCGGAGCCUCCCAAUCGCCUCUUCAACAACUGGAUGGGCUGGGAGGACACGGGUAUCGGCGGCGCCAGCUGGGAGCAGUACAAUGGGCGCCCGUGCUUACCUUCCAUUAUGCUGCAUCCUGUCAAGAACGCUGAGCCAACGAAGAAGGGCCAUGCAUCCAGCUUUGAUCUUGGCUACGGCUAA